AUGGCGGGCUCUCAGGGCGCGGGCGGCGGCCACGGGGAGAGGGUCGAGCGUCGCAGCCGUGGCCGAGGCGUGGCCUUGCGCCGCCCGCCGGGCGUUCGACUCCGGGGGAGCGGAAGCGCGGGCACGGAGGCGGCGCGGGACGGAGGCCCCGCGGGCGGACCAGCCGUGGUCGGCGGCGGGGCGAGGAGGUUUCUCCGAGGUUCUGUUCCACCUGAAAGGGCUCCAAAACGUGGCGGUGUUAGUGCUUAUGAGCAAUCGUUGAAAGAUUAUGUCGACAGGAUGUCCAUCGUUGUUAUUAGUCCAUCAGUUGGCAUGUCUUUUGACUCCCGUGCUGAGGCAUAUGAGUUUUACAACUUGCAUUCCUGGGAGCUGGGUUUUGGAAUACGGUGCAAUAUGACUGUGGGUAAAAGUGUUGUGAGUCAAGACAUAGUCUGCAGCUGCGAGGGCAAACCAGAGCUGUCCAACACUGCCUCUGCACAAACUGAUUGCAAGGCUAUGAUCCGGCUACACAGGUCCGAUGGCAAUUGUUGGUACGUUCAGGAAUUUCGAGGUGAUCACAAUCACCCCCUCUCUGGGAUAUGCAGUGAAGAUUUCUGUUGGCCUUCUCACAACCAUCUCAAGCCCUACACUAAGAAUCUAGUCCGCCGUCUUAGGGAUGAUAACGUUGAUCUCAGUAAGAAGUGCCAAAGCAUUUAUGAAUACUUUUGGGGCAUGGAGAAUUAUAAGUUCGUGAAGGGGGAUUUGAAGUCAUUGUGUAAGAAUAUAUCAUCGGAUCUAUCAGACAUUGACUCCGACAAGACAAUCGAGUUGUUUGAUGACUUUGGUUCGUUGAGGAGGGAUGACCCAAGCUUCAUGUUCCGUAUUGAGUUGGAUGACAUUGAGGACCAGUUUAAUACAGUGUUAUGGACAAAUGGACGCAGCAGAAUGCAAUAUGCACAUUUCGGUGAUACUAUAACAUUUGAUACAACGUAUAGGACUAACCUGUAUGGCUUACCUUUUGGCUUGUUUGUUGGUGUUAAUAACCACCAUCAAAGUAUCAUACUAGGAGGAGCGCUGAUGCGACGCAAGACAGUGGAAAGUUUCAAAUGGCUGUUCCGUGAGUUUGUUAUAUUAAUGGGUGGUAAAGCUCCAAGUACUAUUCUCACAGACCGGUGCCAUGAAAUGGAGGUGGCAAUCCAGGAGGAGUUACCAGAAACGAUUCACAGAUGGUGCAAGAUGCAUGUGCUGAACAAUGAAAAUGAAUUCCUUGGGCCAAUUUGUUUGAAGAAAAGUGGAUUUAAGGAUGACUUCCAGAAGAUCACUGAUAGCAUGUUGACUGUGAGAGAGUUUGAGUGUGGUUGGCAACAUCUUCUUGAUAAGUACAACUUGCAUGACAAUGCAUUUCUUUCACAGAUUUAUGAUUGUAGACAUAAAUGGGCCAACCCCUACUUGAAAAAAAAGUUCUGUGCCAAGCAGACUAGUACCCAAAGAAAUGAGAGUGCACAAAACAUGUUUAAGGGUUAUGUACCACUGAAUAGAUCUAUCAAUAUGUUUGUGCGACACUACAACAAGCUCCAAUCUGAUCUCAACUCAAAGGAAAGCUCUGAGGAGAAUAGGAGCAGGAAGAGACCCAGAUUUAUGAGCACAGGACUUCCAAUUUUGGAGCAUGCUGCAAAGAUCUAUACAAGGGCUAUGUUUGAAAAGUUUGAAGGAAUAAUUUCCCAGUCUGGUUCUUAUGUGGUGCAUGAGAAGGAGAAAGGGAAGGCAUAUUUGGCAAGGCACAUUAGGAGUGACAGGCAGGAGAGCUGGUCUCAAGUGGAAUUUGAGGUUAUCAUUAGAGCUGAAGAUGGUGCAGUUGUUUGUGAGUGCGGAUUGUGGGAGCACAUGGGGAUGCCUUGCUGCCAUGCUGUCAAGGUGAUGAUACACUUGGGAAUGCAGGAGAUACCAGCUGGGAAUAUUGUAAAACGCUGGACGAUGGAUGCUAGGGAUACUGUGCCUGUUCAUCUGAUUGAGAAUGAUAGGGCUGCAGAAAACUCAAAGUCGUUUAGAACGUCGGAGUUGUUCAUUGCUGGGAUCAAGUUUGUAAAGUCUGGUUCCAGGAGUGAUCAGGCUUUUGAAGCAGCGAUGGCGGUUUUGGAUCAAAUAAAGCAGGAACUUUUGGAACUCGGUGAAGAUGAGGACGUUUCUGAGUUGACUGAGCAGUCCAGCAUUUCUGCGGCAACUACUGAUGAUGCUACCUCGGCACUCGGCGGCUCAGAAACAGACUGA